AUGCCCACCUUGUUGCAGGGCUUUACAUCGGAUGAAACUACCCUCAGUAGGCCCCUGAGACUCAACGGCUUCGAUGAGGAAGAUGCUCCGGGAUGGGUAAGGUGGCAUACAGAGGACGCUAGAGUCAUACAGGCCACAUCUAACUCAGUAACGUCGCUACCGUUUGAGAUCUGGGUCGAGAUACUCUUCUACGUUGGCCUGACAGCUCUAGACCCCUAUGAUAUGGACAACCUCGACACUCUCCCAGUUCAGCUGCGACUGACCGACUGGAGAACGGGCAAUCCACAACUCCAGAACUGGAAGGACCUGCGAUGUGUAUGCCGUAUGUGGUAUCGAAUCCUCGAGACAUGGACAAGGACUAUGCUUGUUUUUGAUGGUAACAAGCCAGUGCUAAAACCACAUAAUCAGUUGGUUUCACGUGUUCACAUCGAAGGAAAUGAUGCUGCGAUCCUUGAGUUCACCACUUUUCAGCGACCUGCCGACGUCUUUAGGCAAAUCACAACACUUUCGUUUGCUUUCCCAUCACUUGAACCGUCAGGUGUCACGAAAAUUCUCUUGUUGGGUAGAUCACUUCCAAAUAUUCGCAACCUAUCCCUAGACACGCUAUGCAAGGUCCAGGAUCUGUGGACAAGACUCGAAACAGGCUUUCCCCACCUGUUGGUCCUACGACUGAGCCAUAUCAAAUGCGAAAGUGGCGGAACCUUCAGACUCAACCACCUCCAGCUCUUUAUAUUGCAUUCCUACAUUCAUAACCCGCCCGCUUUCAGUUUCCCUUCUUUACGGCACCUAUGGGCCAAGACUUAUUGCCAUAAUACUCAACUGGAAAGGGAUCAUCGUCAACAGCUCAUAUCUGGUCUUGGUUUGAGCUACUACCAUUUAGCUCACCAUAUUGACGGACCAAACUUCUGGGAGGCAUUUCCAAACGUCCGCCUAAUUGCUACAAAACCCGGUUCUCUCAAGGAAAUUAUGACAAGUGCUCGAUGUCUCGGAUCAGGGAGGUCAUUCCCAUCCCGCGGACAUCCCAUCGUGCAUUUGACCCUCAUCCUGGACCCUAUUCCAUGGAGUAAUCCGUCUGAUACAAUGCGGACCCUCUGUGAAAUCUUGGAUCAAUGGCCUCUGCAACGUCUGUCUAUUGAUAAGCAGGGUCUUACGCCAUGGGAGAUAUUUUGGAUCAAGAAAAAGUGUAUAGCCCGUGGUGUCGCGUGGACGCCACUGCCGCCCAAAUCCUGCAAAGAGCACUACUCUACAGCCUUCAAUGUAGGCAUGAUUGUCAUCAGAUGGUUCAUGUCUCUCCGACCAGUUCAUUACGGCCUGAGCAAGUUGGCCAGCUUGGUCCUUCCAUCGACACUGUGGCCACAGCAUCCGAGCGAGGCCGGUCGGUUGACCCGGUUAAAGCUCCGUUUACGCCAAUUGUUUCGCUAG